CACGCACGGGAGAUCUCCACAGGAUCCGAGUGUUGAGGCGACCGAGCGGCACCUUCCCCCAAAAUGAUGGAAAACGAAGUGUUUCUGUCAUUUACGUUCUACAGCACAAUUUUGAUCUUAAAAAUGUAUGUCGUUGCCAUCAUUACGGGACAAGUGAGACUCAGAAAGAAGGCGUUUGCAAACCCGGAGGACGCGCUGCGCAACGGGGGGCUGCAGUUCUGCCGCGAGGACCCCGACGUGGAGCGGUGCCGCAGGGCCCACCGCAAUGACAUGGAGAACAUCUUUCCCUUCCUCUUCCUCGGAGCCAUCUACUCCAUGCUGGACCCCAGUCCUGCAGUGGCCAGGAUCCACUUCCUCAUCUUCUGCGUGGGGCGCGUCGUGCACACCAUCGCCUACCUGCUGCGGCUGAAGGCGCCCGCGCGCUCCGUGGCCUACAGCGUGGCACAGCUGCCCUGCUUCUCUAUGGCCCUGCAGAUCCUCCUCGCCACCACCCCGUACUGGGAAGUCGCCGGAGAGAAGGGACAUGUCUCCCUGUGGAGCAGGAAGGGAAUGCAGAGUCAGGUUUCUCUCGCUCCUGCUGAGAGCAGGAGGGGGAAAGCACAUGAACUACCCCUCAAGGAGGGGGUUCAUUGAAGAAAAGGAGGUUUUCUGACUCAACUAUGUUCAGAACUGGGAAGGUGAAGAUGUGCCUUUUCCCCUUGGUCACAAAUAUCCCGUGAAUCAGGAAGGGAAAAUCAUGAGGGUCUCACAGUCUUUUGGUCAGCAGAGGUAGAAGAGGGGGUUAUAAAACAGCCACCCUCCUCUUGCCCAGCCAUGUGGGUCUGUGGGGACGGAGUUCCCUUAGGUUCCCUCUCCCACAAGGAGAACAGGAGGCAGGUGCCUGCCAGACAGAGUAACAUGGAAGUCAAAACCUCUGAGGUGAUGUUGUGAAGACAUCGGAGUGUUCAGUGCUCCCAGAGCCACCUUGUCUCAUGCCAAGGGACACAGCUCCCUGCCAGGAGCCUCACUGCAGGCAGGAUCCUACCUGUCCCUCAGCCAGCCUUCAGCAGCUCCCUGCCAGCAGCACCCGUGGCUUUUCCAUCUCAGUCUCAUCCCAGUAAGAUGCAGAGCAUCGUGCCUGGAACAGCCAGCAGGAACCACUUACCCCGCAGAGAACCGGACACAAAUCUCUGGGACUUCUGGAAAGACUAAAAUGCUCACACAAAACAGGGAGUUUGCAGACAGAGCUUUCUCCUGAGGGUGGUAUCUGUGUCCACAUGCCACUAAUGCCUGACUAUGCUCUCAAGGGCAGCAGACUGACUUUCUCCCCCUCUGUUUGUAGCCUUUCUCUGGCUGCAGAAUGGCCGCUGCUGUUUGGGGAAUGUGCUGUGGCCGCUUUGGGGGUGUUUUCUUUCAGCUGUUUCCUGCUGUCCAGUGCUGCCACACCGUGUGCAGCCUGGACCAGCUGGGGUUUGCAGAAAGCUCUGGAAGCGAGCAAAGUGGCUUUGAAGAGUGUAUCACUUCUCUGCAGUGUCACCUGAAAGUGUUGUGUUGGAGAGGAGAGACUGAGACCAGGGUGACAAACCCUCCUGAGCUCCUCUGUCCCCAGGUGCCAGGGACUGCAACAAUGGAGCAUCCCUGUGGAGGACAAGGCAGGAGGAAACCUCUGGUCUUCAGUGCCUCUCCCCCCUCUGAGGGCAACACAAAGCCUUACUAAGACCACAGGGGAAACCAGAAUAAGCAGAAAAUAAAGUCCCCUUCCACCUGCCCUGCUCAUUAAGGCUGCUCCCUUAACUCUGCUGUCCUGAGAGAUGCUCUUGCUGAGGCCUCACAGAGCACUGGUGACACACCUGCUCAGACUGAUGCUCAGCCCUUGCACAGCUCAGGUAGCAGCUUCUGUCCUGGUAAUUCCUGACCCCAGCACAGAGGCCAAGCUGUGUGGUGAGGUUUGGAGUGGAAUGCUCUGCUCUCCCACCACAUUAGGAAGGUGGGCAGGUUCAGCAGUUUUUACUCUUGUCCACCUCUCCCUCUCAGCCUCAGCAGAUGUCUGGGUAACACAGACCCUGCUUAACAAGCCUUUUCUGCCUCACAUGGUGCACAAGGUCUCGAACCCCUGUACAUUUCUCUGCUGCUGCACAUGCAUCCUGGUGGCAGGAAGCAAAUAUUCCCAAUAAAAACAAAUCAUUGUGCUCAGA